UGAUGUUCCCAGUGUACUCUGCUACUUGCUGCCGCUGUGUGAAUCCACGGAGUAGUACCGAACUUAUUGUGGUCCCCGAGCAAUAUCGCGAGACUUGUGCCAUUAUCAACCUGCUUGACACACAGCAGCGCUGUGAGUGCAGCCUGCCUUGCCAGGGUCGGACCGAAGCUCAAGAAACGACAAGGAGAAGCGAACAUCUGGCCGCACAUCAUGAAAGGACGCCCGGGCUUUUAGGAGAAAAGACGACGACCUGGGUGGAGAUAAAUGUUAUGAAGGAAGAAUGGAGUUCCCAGACCAUAGCCGCCAGUUGCUGCAGUGUCUGAGUCAGCAGCGUCACCAAGGUUUCCUCUGUGACUGCACUGUUCUUGUCGGGGAGGCUCGAUUCAAAGCGCACAGAGCCGUGCUGGCCUCCUGCAGCAUGUACUUCCAUCUCUUCUACAGGGACCAGCUAGACAAAAGGGACGUUGUGCAUCUCAACAGUGACAUUGUGACAGCCCCUGCUUUCAGUCUGCUCCUUGAAUUUAUGUAUGAGGGGAAGUUGGAAUUCAGCACUCUGCCGGUGGAGGAUGUCCUGGCUGCGGCCAGUUACCUCCACAUGUAUGAUAUAGUGAAAGUGUGCAAAGGCAAGCUUAAGGAUAAGGAACUUUCCUCCCUGGAUGAAAAGAUGGGCGAGGGUUUGGGACUCAGCUGCCUGGACAGGGAAAAUUCCUCAGAUGGCGAGCUGCACAGUAAGCAGCUCAUCCGGCGACAGCCCCAGACACAGUCUCAGGGGCUUCACAGGGCCCCCCCGGCGGAAGAGUUUGACAUGGACAACAGCGAAGUCAGGCUGGCUGUCACCGAUUGUGAUAGGUCUACACGGAGCAGGCAGAAGGCAAACGGUCACUCUGGCAGGUCCCCGGACCUUGUAAGUGUCAAUUAUGUGUCAGCAGAGGCCGAGCCCUGCGUCCAAACAGCUGGAAAAACAAAAGCUGAUGUCAGUAGUUCCACCGUAUCGCUGUCCCAGAGGUCCCGGGCUUCAGAUGACAUGGACUGUGCACUGGAUUUGUCUUUCAAGCCUCUGUCUAGCAGAGAUCCCUUACACCCCUCCUACGUCUCGGGACAGCUGGCCCUCGACAGCCAGCAGCAGGGCAUUGAGCCACUUGUUAAAGACGAACACGACUUGCUGUCAGAGCAGGAGGACAGUGAGCCGACGAGCCCUGAGAGCCAGCGCUUUGGGAAUAGUGCCAGGAGCUCGGUGGUGACAGGGUUCGCUGCCCUCUUCCCAGGCAACAACGGCUCCACAGCCGCCCUGCUCUCCCAGGAGGAGGACCUGAUGGACGAGGAGGGGGAGGCCUGCAGGGGGAGGGAGGGCGCUCCAGGCAGGGAGCUAGAGGAGAGGAGGGGGAGGCUUCUGGGGGACAGCGAGGAGGAGGAGGAGGACGACCUGGCCUCUUCAGACAUCUCCACCUCCAGCGGGGUGCUCCUGCCCCCGGGGCAACAGGUGUGCGUGUGCCCCCUCUGCAGCAAAGUCUUCCCCAGCCCCCACGUGCUGCAGCUGCACCUCAGCUCGCACUUCCGCGAGAAGGACGGCGCUCGCUCCAAGUUGUCCCCCGAUGGCUCUGUCCCAACCUGCUUGCAGUGCAACAAAACCUUCUCCUGCAUGUACACCCUCAAGCGCCACGAGCGCACACACUCUGGCGAGAAGCCAUACACCUGUGGCCAGUGUGGCAAGAGCUUCCAGUACUCCCAUAACUUAAGUCGGCACGCUGUCGUUCACACACGUGAGAAGCCUCACGCUUGUAAGUGGUGCGAACGACGCUUCACCCAGUCUGGGGACCUCUACCGCCACAUCAGGAAGUUUCACUGUGGCCUUGUCAAGACUCUCGCCAUUGGAUAAAACACCUCUCACCAGUGCCAUGACACGAGACAGAAUGUCUUUUCAUACACUGAAUACUACUACUGAACAAUUUUCCCGUCAUUACACACACGUUGGCAGUUUGUCGGAGACAUAUCUUUUGGAUUCUACCCCAUGAGGCAUUUCUCAAGUUAAAGAUGUAGCAACUCUGAGUCUGGAGCUGUAUUUCUGUGCUGGAUUGUGUCAGAAGCAUAGAUGCUGGUCAGAGGCAGACAGUCGAAGGUGCACGAGGCUGUUCAGAUUAACAUGGGUGCUGUGAAACUCAAGCUGGAUCUGUGUGUGUAUGUGUGGGGAGGGGAGGGCGAAGGUGAACAAAUCAGAUGAUGCACUUGUUUGUUUCUGUCCUUGUUUGUGUCAAUCUGUUGAGUUUAUUUGAGGAGUAUAUUUGCUGAAAGAUUAAAAAAAGCAUCCUAUGUUUGUACCCACUGGGUAAAAUGAGUGAUGGUUAAUGCUAACAUAUGUUAAUACAAUCGUCAGAGUAGGUGAGACUUUGUGCACAUGGGAGAUCAGAACCGUCCGUGAGUAGCAAUAUUUCAUUUUUUUUAACUCCUACAUUAUUAUUAUUAUUAUUAUUAUUUAUUAUUUGGGAUUUGUUUAGUCCUUAACAAGUAAUCUAUCGUAAGGCAGCAAAACUAAUGAAGUCUGACUACUGGAAGUAUGACUAUUUUUUUCAUGGAAGUAGAAUUUUUGUUUGGUCGAAAUGAAGUCGGUAACAGUUUUAUGUUGUUUAUAAUAAGAGGCAGGCAGACCAAUUAUAUCAUCAUAUUUCUUUCAUUGCCAUGGGGAGAGUUAGCAGCUCUUUAGUUCACUAAUGUGAGCGAGCACAUGUCGAUGAAACGGCCUUUCUAAUUGCUACUUAAAAAAAGAGGUCAUAUAAUCAGAGGAGGGGUGGAAAGUAGUUAAAAGCUAAUGCCUGUAACACUGGUGCCUACUGAAGUCCUUCAGACACUUCACCUAGUAUACUUACUAUAACAAGAAUGAGAUAUAUUGUCACGCCUUCUUGUCAAAUUCAGUGACCUUUCGAGCCUUUUUCCAAAUCUGGAUUACUCUCCACAUACCAGGUGGUAACAAAGGUAAUUGUGGACUCUGGAAUGCCAAACUGAUCCACGAGUGUCCUUAAUUAAAUCAUUUACAAGAAUGUAAUAAAAAAAAAAGUAUGUAAAUCAAGCUCUUGUCAGUUAAAUGUUUGGUGCCUCAUUUUGGGUGAAAAGCAAACAGUUGCCAGUAAAUUGCCUUGUUAUUUCCUGGUAUGUUGUAAAGGACACACUGACUUGGUGUUUUAAGGCAAAACCCUCAUCAGGCAGGGAGGGAGGGGAAGAAGAGGGAGACAGGUGGAUGUUCAGUGCUUUGUUGGUGACUGUCGUCAUUCAGCACUGUUUGUUCAUCAAAGCUACUGACUUUCUCUUUCUUUGAAUGAACCUUUUUCACAUUAUUAUUAUUAUAUCUUCUUACUGUAUGCGUGUAAGUUACUACUGAUGAAGUUGGAACCUUUAGUGAUGCUGUCCUUGGAGAAAUCUUUUUUUGGGGGGGGGGGGGCAGGAAAUGGAUUUUUUUGUUUCUCUGUCUGUUGACAUAGAUGCUAUAUGAAUUCUUAACAGGGGGCGUAGCACUAAAAAGUUCAUAUUUGUCUAAUCUGUCCUGAGAAGACUUGAUCAGAAUUUAUUUAUUAGUUUGACUUGGUUCAGGGUUUACUGUAGGAGGUGUAGUUCUUAUUUCUAUAAGCUUGAAAGACACUGCGUCUUGCCUAGCGAUCUUGGUACUCAUUAACUGGUUUUGGGGGCUGUCUGUUUUAUUUUCUCUGUGCAAAUCAAGUUACUGUAAUUGUAUUUUAAUAUACCGUGUAGAAACCUCUGCAGAGUAUUCAAGAUUUGUCACAUGGAACAUAGAGAAGCACUUGUUUUUAGCAUGCGUAUAGUUUCAACACUAUUGUCUAGGCUGCUAUUUCUUACUAUUUGUAUAUUUAAUGUAAAUAUAUAUUCUAUUUAUCAAACUGUUUUUCCGUGUUACAACACACGCAAGGUCGAGAAAGAGUCAGGUGUCUUAUUAAGGCUGCGGCCUCUUAAAAGUGUCGGCGUCUUCCGCAGGGGAGUUUUGGUUCUUUUUUCCAUAUUGAAGGCUUGAUUGGACUCUGCCUCACUACAAAUCUGAGCGGUUAAUACUGCUCCGAUGCUCCGGCUGCUGUUCUGCCACAGGAAACAGUUGUUCACAAGCGCGGCCACACUGAUAUGGCACUGGGUACCUAUAGAAAUGAGACAAUACAGGCAUUGUCCCCCACCACCACCCCACGCCCCCCUCCGCAACAAAGUCCCAGGUAGUUCUCAAGGGAUCAUUGUGUAUCUCUCUCCUAGCUGUGGGGAGAAAAGCCAGCGCAAGUCUCUCUUUGCACUUUUCUGUAUUGAAUGGAGCCCUUGGAAUGUGAGAAAUGUAUUUAGCAAAGGGAGACCAAGGAGACUGUAAACAGGUGUAUUGUUUGGAGGCAUCAAAGAACAGCCCCCCUAUCCCAGCAUGCAGUAGAUAAAUGCUUCAUUGUUCCUCUACACUGGAGGAGUACCACGGUGAUUUGAUUGCACAUCUAUCAAGAGAAUAUCAGAAUUAUCAGAGUGUUGUUUUCAGAGCGCUAGAUUUAGAGGAAAUUUGUUGAGACCGACGUGAAAAUAUCUGGCAACUGUGACGACAAGAAGUCAGGUGUAGGUGCUGACUUUCCUGUCCAUUUCAGCGUAGAAACCCAUAAGGUGUUGUUUUUGUUUAGUUUUUUUCUUUUUGUCCGUUAUGUUUAUCACCAAGACUUCUUUCAGGACACAAAAAAUGAAUUCACACGUGAUGUCUCAGCAUUUGCAACAGUUUGUCAGCAUUUUAAGUGGCGAAGGAAGCCCAAGUCAAGAAGGAAUUGAACCAUUUCUCGCAGAAUUAUACGCAAUCUGUUUUCAUUCAGGCAGUUAGAGGCUUGAGUAUACAUGCUUGUAAUUUGACGUAGAAAUGUACUUUGGCUCCCUGUUUACUGGCACACACACUCCUGUUGUUGUUGGCAUGACAGGUUAAUCACGUUGGUUGGUCGUCAGAUCAAUAGAUAUAUUUCAGAUGCGUAGAUGUCACGUAGUGUUAAUAGUGUAUAUUUCAAUCCGAACCCACAGGAAUGUAGAUUUUGUCACUCUGUUUUGUUUUUUUUAAAGGAACAUUUCUAACGUGGUGCAAGUUCAAAAUUGCUUGAUUCUCUAAUGUACAUGUGUACAGAGGUAGACAAACAAACAAACUAAUGAUAUGUAAAGAAUUUCUUUUCUUUUUAUUGUUUGCAGUCUUUAUUUAUACCUCCAGGAUGAUCACCAAAUGUGCCUUGCAGACACACUGAUAGGUGUUGCAUCUGGAGGAAGGCCUUUUUACUAUACUGUACAUUUUUUGCCCUUGACUGCGAUGUCGAAAGUUCACAUCACAGCAACAGUGGCCCACUGAUGUGAAAACCCAUUCACAGCUGUUGUUCCUGUUUUUCUAUCAUAUCAAAAAUGUUAAACCAGACAAACUAAAAGUUUGAAGUCCAUUUAUUUUUGCUGCUUUGCAAGAGAUUACAUUAGAUUUCUUUGACCAUUUUCUUUUCUUUCUUUUUUUUGUUUGUUUGUGACUAAAUCUGUUUUUGAAAUCUGUGUUUAAAAUGAAGACAAGCAUUUUUUUUGUGUUUUGGCUUUUAGUAGCCAGUGCUACUGGGAACUAACAGUCAGUUCCUCAGUUAAUGUCACUGUUGAAUGUGAAACACUGAGAUUUUGAUUGUUGACUUCUAUGGAAACAAUGCUUCUCUUGACUGGGGGCUAUGUUUGCUAACUCAUGCUGUAUGAUCUUUUAAGUCUAAAAAAGGAAAAAAGAAAAAAAAGAAAAAAAAAAGAAAAGGAAAAAAAGACUUUACUGAUACUGGAAUUUUUGUCCUCUGCAGGUUACAACUGUGAAAAUUGUGUAUAAUCAUGAGAAAUAUUUAUUAUUGCAUUUGCUUCUUGUGCAACAUUUGACUGUCUCCAUUUUAAUUUGGUAAAAAAAAAAUGAAAAGAAAAAAGCUUCUAAAUGUCAAACGAAAAUCUUUUUAAUAGAAUUUGUAGAAGUGCCAUUAGAAUUUAAUAUAAUUUUUUAAUAAGAAAGGUAUAUUUUAUAGUAAUCAAUUGCUUCAGUGUUAGUGGUGUAGAGAUUAGAGGACAAUCUUUAUGCAGAAUUGACAUUGCUUAGAUAUUGAGGCAAUUUACUUUGAUCUAUAACUGUACGUGCAUUUUUCUUUGUUUGCGCUUUUGGAGUGUGCUUGUGUGUGUGUGCUGUGGAAAUGUGACAAUCUUGAUUUAGGUCUUUAUUAAGAUUAUGCAUAGAAUUAAAUGGAACAACUUUC